UCAAGCAAAUCAAUCAGCAUAUAAAGCAGCAAAUUUGUAUUCAUCAGAUUUUAUAAGUCAACCAAUAGAAGAUUUAUUAUCUGAUGGCGUUGAGGAAUUAGAAAAUGAUAUUCAUUCUAAGUUUGAUAGAUAUCUAGAUGAUGAAUAUAAUAAUGACAAAGAAGAAUUUUUAUUUAAAUUAUGUAUUAAAAAUCAAGACAAUACUAUGUUGCCUGCUAAGCGAUUAGAUAAUUUUACUAUUACUCAAGAUAAUUAUGUUUUGUCAUAUAAAAUAGCAAAAGAAUCUGGAGCUGGAACUCAAAUUUUUGAUGAAAAUGACUUUAAAAGUUUUGUAAAGGAUUAUAAUAAUGCUAUAAAUAAGAAAAAGGAAAUCUUUAUCAAUGUUCAAAUACAAAAAAUUUUAAAAAAUAAUCCGAAAAAACGAUUAUAUAAAUCAAAUCCUGAAGAACUAAGUAGCAAUGAUAAUUCUACUAAAAAGCAACCAAAACUAUUUGGUAAAAAGUCUAAAGUUUCUCAUCUUGAUGAUGAAAGACAUACUACAGCAUCUAUUAUUUCUCAAAUUCGUGAAAAAUAUUAUUGUGCUAAUUGUGAAGAAUCAUGUUGGCUUACUGAAACUGGUCAUAUUAAACUAUCUGGUAUGCAUUAUACGACUUGGGCUCGAGCUAUUUCAAACGGAAUAGCUGAUAUUAAUACGCCACCUUGUCAUGCAAUAUUUACACUUCCACCUAAACCAAGAGGAACAUCAAGUUCUAAUCAACUAUCAUCUAAUUUAAAUAAUUCUUUUCAAAAUUAUUCUUCGAUACAAUCAUCAACUAAUUUUGCAACACAACCUACAAAUUAUUUUUCAACUCAGCCUAUAACAAAUUCUUCUACACAACUACCAACUAAUAUAUCAAAUCAAAUACCAACUAGCUUAUCAUCGCAAUUGCCAGCUAAUUUGUAUACACAAUUACCAACUAAUUUAUCAACACAAUUACCAACUAAUUUGUCUACACGAUUACCAAAUAGUUUGUCAACACAAUUACCAAAUAGUUUGUCAACACAACCUUUAGUAAAUUUUUUAUCUCAACCACCACCAAUUAAUCUUUCAUCACAACCAUUAGCUAAUUUUUUUUCUCAAUCGCUUAAUAUUUCUUUACAAUUACUACCUAAUGUCCCCUUACAAACAUUAUCUAAUAGUUCUUUACAAUUAUUACCUAAUAAUUUUUUACCUUAUUAUAUACCAUUUCCAGUUAUUCCUAAUUUACAAUCAUCAAAUACUUCAUUACAAGAAUCUGUAACUACAAAAUCUAUUCCUAGCCUCAAAGAAUUUUUAACAGAAGUUGACAAUGCCAAGGAUGCUGGUGGUGAAAUUUUAGCAUGUUUGCCAAAAUUUCAAGAUCAAGCAGCAGCUGAGGUCCCACCACCGCCGCCAGCUCACGAAUUUGAAAUAUGA